AUGGCGCCCGUACAAAGCGCCGUCGCCACCACCUCGGUGCCUUCGCCCCUCGCCACCUCCAAGAAGGAAAACACCUCCUCGCAGCCAUCACUCAUCAACGACCACAUCAAACCGCCAAAACACAGCGAACUCUCGCGCAUCAACGAGAACAACUCCGACUCCCAGCCCGACCCCAAGGGCAGCUGGAGGAGCUGGAGGCGAGGCGACGGUCUCCAGCCAUGGGAGACCGAGAUCGUUCGCUCCACCGAGGUACAGCGCAAGGCAAACGUCGCGCAGCUCUACUUCCUCAACUACUACUUUGACAACCUUCGCUACCUCGCCGAUCGCAAGGCCCGCCUGACGCGCUUCCACGAAUCCACACGCGCCCGCGGCCUGCUGCCCGACGACGAGGAUGCGGAGCCAUCGCCCGAGUUCCUCAAGGAGCGCUCCUCCUACUUUGGUCGCGAGCGCGUGCUCCUGCGCAAGAGGCGAACCAAGCUGCGCGUCAACCAGUUCCACAUCAUCACCCAGGUCGGCGCAGGUGGCUACGGCGAGGUCUUUUUGGCUCGCAAGCGCGACACGGGAGAAAUCUGCGCGCUCAAGCGUCUCAAGAAGCGCAUCCUCGUAAAGAUGGACGAGGUGCGCCACGUGCUCACCGAACGCGACAUCCUCACCGCCACAAAGACCCCUUGGCUCGUCCGUCUGCUCUACGCCUUCCAGGACCCAGACCACGUCUUCCUCGCCAUGGAGUACGUGCCCGGCGGCGACUUCCGCACGCUCCUCUGCAACAACGGCGCGCUCAAGGAGGAGUACGCUCGCUUCUACAUGGCCGAAAUGAUCGUCUCGGUCAACGAACUCCACCGCCUCGGCUACAUCCACCGCGACCUCAAGCCCGAAAACUUCCUCGUCGACUCCACCGGACACGUCAAGCUCACCGACUUUGGCCUCGCCUCGGGCGCGCUCCACCCGGGCAAGAUCGAGUCGAUGAAGGCCAAGCUCGAUGCGGUCAAGGACUCCGACUUUGUCUACCGCACGCCCGCCGAGCGCGGUUCCAUGUACAAAAAGAUGAUCCAGCACACCCAGCACCGCGCCAACUCGAUCGUAGGCAGCCCAGACUACAUUGCGCCCGAGAUGCUGCGCGGACGCCAGUACAGCUUUGGCGUCGACUACUGGAGCCUCGGCUGCAUCCUCUACGAGUUCCUCUGCGGCUUCCCGCCCUUCAGCGGCAGCAAUCCGGACGAGACCUUCGCCAACCUCAAAAACUGGCAAAAGGUGCUCCAGCGGCCCGUCUACGACACGCCCGAAAACAUGCAGUUCAACCUCAGCGACGUCGCCUGGGACGCCAUCACCAAGCUCGUCGACACGCCCGAGCGCCGCUACAGCAGCCUCGAGCCCGUCCAAACACACCCUUUCUUCCGCAGCCUCGACCUCGGCCGUCUGCGCGAACUCAAGGCUCCCUUCAUCCCCGAACUCGAGAACGAAGAAGACACCGGCUACUUUGACAACUUUGAAGACCCCGCCGACAUGGCCCGCUACAAGGACGUCCACGAGAAGCAGAAGAACGUCGAAGCCGUGCGCGAAACCGGCUCGGGCGCCGGUGGACGCGGCAUGUGGGCCGGCUUCACCUUUGGAAAGAACGGCGUCGGGGCCAACGGUCAGCCGCUCUACGCCUCGUCUACAGUCAAGGACGCCACCGACGCAUUCGCCACCAUGUUCUAG